CUUUGAUUCUCGCUGUUUAGCGGAACCAUUGCUUCUUUUGCAUUUGACUGAUACACACACUGAACAGGGAUGUCAGGAAACACCCUCAGAGAUCUCAAUACACUGGCGGGAUCGGAGAAGAAAAUUGAAAGUUCUAGAAAGGGGGGCUUUCAAAAGGCUUAUAUUGAGAACGGCAAUGAAAAUCUUGACAAAUGGAAGCAGAAAUUUCCUAGUUCAUUGGCCUCAACUCCAAUUAAGGACUGUGAAACUAUGAAUACUGGAACAGAAGUAGGUGUAUCAGAGUUGGAGUACAUAGAGUCUGAACAUCUGACUGAUCUAGAAGAUGUGGAUACUAUUCUCAAGACAUUGUUGGCAGGACUAGACUCCAAAGAUUGGAUUUUGGUAUGUGAAGCAUUGAAUAAUGUUCGCCGAUUAUCAAUAUUUCACGAGGAGGCAAUGCUUGAGAUGUUGGGCAAUGUGAUCUCAUUAAUUGUGAAAUCCUUGAAGAAUCCAAGAAGUGCUGUCUGUAAAACUGCAAUAAUGACAUCUGAAGACAUUUUUAAUGCUUACAGUGAUCAUAUAAUCGAUUCACUUGAGCCUCUGCUUGUUCAACUUCUUCUCAAGUCUUCACAAGAUAAAAGAUUUGUAUGUGAUGCUGCUGAGAGAGCUUUGGUAGCAAUGACUACUUGGAUAUCCCCUUCUCUGUUGUUACCAAAGUUGCAACCAUAUCUUAGGCACAAGAAUCCUCGAAUACGAGCAAAGGCAUCAAUGUGCCUUUGUCGAAGUGUGCCAAGGCUGGGAAUUGAAGGAAUUAAAGCUUACGGGAUCGAUAAAUUGAUCCAAAUAGCAGCAUCUCAACUCAGUGACCAACUUCCGGAGUCCAGGGAGGCUGCUCGCUGUCUUCUUUUGGAACUGCAAACUGUAUAUGAGAAAUCCCACAUCUCUGCACCAACUGCAGAAUCUGAGCAUUCAGAAAUAGGUUCGUGGGAGCACUUUUGUCAAUCAAAACUCUCUCCUUUAAGGGCACAAGCCGUCCUGCGUGUUUCCAAUAUUGCAAGGGAGGGUCUUGUUUUGGGCUCCUAACAUUAGAUGGUGUGUGUCAGAGUAUGCUAUGAGGUUUAAUAUUUUACGGCCUCUUCAUAAUUUCUUUUGAUUUGAUAUAUCUUUACGAAUAUUUUUUUCCUGUAAAUCCUAUCAAAUAGUGAAAUUUGAUUCUGUUCGGUUGAAGAAUGUUCUGAGCUGGAAACUAAUUCCUUUUUCCUGGAAUGAUUUAGUUUGAAGUUAUAUGUUAUCUUCC